AUGAAGUUGGAGGAAAAGCUUGAGCACAAUGAGAGCCUUGUUGGAAAAAGUCGACCGUGUCUCAAUGACACGCAUCAGGCAAACGGGAAACCUAUAGCUAAUGGGAAUCUGAGAGCAAAUGGGAACGUGGAAGUCUAUGAAAAGCAGGAGGCAAAUGGCAAGGGUGACAGGCUCAGGAAAUGUCUCAACCUGUACACCUGGCAGGAGAUCCAGAAACACAAUCAGGAAACCGACCAGUGGCUGGUGAUUGAUCGCAAGGUUUACAAUGUGACUGACUGGGCAGGCAAGCAUCCAGGUGGGCAUCGGGUUCUCAACCACUAUGCUGGGGAAGAUGCAACGGAUGCCUUCAGGGCCAUGCAUCUGGAUCUGAGUAUCGUGCAGCUAUACCUUAAACCACUUCUCAUUGGAGAACUUUCUCCAGAAGAACCCAGCCAGGAGAAAAACAAAAAUCCGCAGUUGGUGGAAGAUUUCCGUGAAUUGCGCAAGACGUUAGAGGACAUGAAUAUGUUCAGUGCCAACCUGUGGUUCUUCUUUCUCCACCUUGCCCAGAUCUUGAUUUUGGAAGUCUUAGCAUGGCUAAUACUACGUCAUUUUGGCAGUGGCUGGAUUGUUACAAUACUUAUUUCCUUUCUUCUUACAGUUUCUCAGGCUCAAAGUUCAUUUUUACAACAUGACAUAGGACACCUUUCCAUGUUUAAGAAGUCCAAGUGGAACCAUCUGAUGCACAAAUUUGUAAUGUGUCAUCUCAAGGGCCUGUCAGCUGAUUGGUGGAAUUAUCGACACUUCCAGCAUCAUGUAAAACCAAAUAUCUACCCCAAGGAUCCAGACAUUGAUGUAGGACCACUUUUUCUGCUUGGAGAUACUCAGCCUAUCAAGUAUGGCAAGAAGAAAAUAAAAUACAUUGACUAUGAGAAGCAGCACCUGUACUUCUACAUGGUUGCACUCCCCCUCCUCAUGCCUGUCUACUUUAAUUUGCAAUCCAUGCAAGUGAUGUAUCUUCGAAAGUACUGGACGGACAUUGUGUGGGUCAGCAGCUUUUACAUUCGCUAUUUCAUCACAUUUGGCCCUUUCUAUGGAAUUUUCGGAACAGUGUUGCUCAUAUAUUUGGUCAAGUUUAUUGAGAGCCCCUGGAUUGCGUAUGUUACCCAGAUGAGCCACAUACCAAUGAAAAUGAGCAGGGAAGAGAACCUGGACUGGCUCAGCACUCAGAUUGUGGCCACCUGUAAUAUUGAACAGUCAUUUUUCAAUGACUGGUUCACUGGACAUUUGAAUUUCCAAAUUGAACACCACCUCUUUCCCACAAUGCCACGCCAUAAUUACCACAAAGUGGCACCUCUGGUGAAGUCACUGUGCACCAAGCAUGGAUUGCAGUAUAUAAAUAAGCCCAUAUUGAAGGCAUUUGGAGACAUUGUCAGGUCCUUGAAGAAGUCUGCUGCCCUCUGGAUGGAUGCUUACUAUGAAUGA